GCGACCGCGCCUCCAGACCAGUCUGUGCUUCUGCCCCUACAAGGUUUGAACUGCGGUGGGGGAGGGUCCCUGCCCCCGGCUCCGCCCGGUCGCUCCCAGCCUUUUAGGCGCCGGGCGGCUUGGGACAUCCCAGUCCUGCUCGGUCCUCCACACUCGCCUCCCGUGCGCCUCGUCCGCGCAGACAGCCCAGUUCGCUCCAUCCGCACUGCUCGCCGGUCGGCCCGCCCCCCACCGCAGCCAUGGACGCCAUCAAGAAGAAGAUGCAGAUGCUAAAGCUGGACAAGGAGAAUGCCAUCGACCGCGCCGAGCAGGCCGAGGCCGACAAGAAGCAGGCGGAGGACCGCUGCAAGCAGCUGGAGGAAGAGCAGCAGGCCCUCCAAAAGAAGUUAAAGGGGACUGAGGACGAAGUGGAAAAGUAUUCUGAGUCCGUGAAGGAUGCCCAGGAGAAACUGGAGCAGGCCGAGAAGAAGGCCACUGACGCCGAGGCAGAUGUGGCUUCCUUGAACCGCCGCAUCCAGCUGGUAGAGGAAGAGCUGGACCGGGCACAGGAGCGUCUGGCCACAGCCCUGCAAAAGCUGGAGGAGGCUGAGAAAGCUGCAGACGAGAGUGAGAGAGGCAUGAAGGUCAUUGAAAACCGAGCCAUGAAGGAUGAGGAAAAGAUGGAACUGCAAGAGAUGCAGCUGAAGGAGGCCAAGCACAUUGCCGAGGAUUCAGACCGCAAAUAUGAAGAGGUGGCCAGGAAGCUGGUGAUCCUGGAAGGAGAGCUGGAGCGCUCAGAAGAGAGAGCGGAGGUGGCUGAGAGUAAAUGUGGGGACCUAGAGGAGGAGCUGAAAAUUGUUACCAACAACUUGAAAUCCCUGGAAGCCAAAGCGGACAAGUAUUCCACCAAAGAAGAUAAAUACGAAGAGGAGAUCAAACUGCUAGAGGAGAAACUCAAGGAGGCUGAGACCCGAGCAGAGUUUGCUGAAAGGUCUGUGGCGAAGUUGGAGAAAACCAUCGAUGACCUGGAAGAUGAAGUGUAUGCACAGAAGAUGAAGUACAAGGCCAUCAGUGAGGAGCUGGACAACGCACUCAACGACAUUACCUCUCUCUGAGGCCCAUAGCAGUGUGGCCCCCUGAGGCGGCCUUCUCUCCUCUCCUUUCUGUUCUCUCCAUGGGGAUGGGCGUGGGCAGGAGAAGCAAAGAUUGCCAAGAUUGCACAUCCAGACUGGGCAAGGCCUGGGAGAGCCCCGUCACAGCUGCCACCUAUCCUGGCACUUGCUUUAUCUUUCUCUCCAUCCACUCCCCACUCCUCACCCCCAGUCUCUACCUCUCUGCGGCUUAAUAAACUCAACUUGGUCUCCA